UCUUACAAAAGGACUGUUCCACAACUGUAAAGGAGACUUCACGCCUACGAUCACCAUCCACUGCGACCGGUGGCCACAGAGCUUUCUUUGAGGAUUUUAUCUCUAUUACAGACAAAUAUCUCAAACAUUUAAUCCGUGUUAGAGGGAAAUCAAUUGAGAGACUUGUCCACGCCUUCUCUUUCUGGACAAAAACCGCGUUUCACAAGCCUGUUUUGGGUGAAGAGUGGUCACAGAUGAUUGAGAGUUAAGAGGGAUGUUAACGCGAUCGUCUCGGUCGCCUCAUACAAGUCGCCCACAGCCGUAGGCUCUGCUGCGUUUGUAACCAGAAUAAGCUUCGUUGAAUCACGUCAUUCCAUUAUUUAAUAAUAAUUAUACAUUGGUGGUGGUUGUGGCCUGUGAAGUCUCCAUCUACUGAACAAAUAUUCCAGCUAUGGAGUUGAGCUCAGUGAUUUUAACGACUGGGAGCUCCGUCGGGUUUUUCAGGCUUGUCAACGCUGGGGUCAGAAAACUCCCCAUGCCCGAAUCUGCCUGCAGGAAUGCGUGGAAAUGGAGAAAUAUCUCUACAUCCUUCGUGCACAGUUGUAUAACUGCGAUAUGGGCAGUGCUUUGCUUUUUCCUUCACCCACAGAUGGCUGAAGAUUUGAUAGAAACUCACUCUGUGUUUUCUCAUGCUUUGGUGUCAUUUUCGAUCGGUUACUUCAUCUAUGACUUCUUUGACAUGGUGGUAAACCAGAAGCUGAGUCAAUCCUGGGAACUUCUCUUUCAUCACUUGGUGGUGAUCACCUGUUUCGGCCUCUCUGUGCUGUCCUGGCGCUACGUGGGCUUUGCCGUGGUGGCCCUGUUGGUGGAGAUCAAUUCGGUGUUCCUCCACCUCAGACAGUUGCUGCGUAUGGCCAGCAUGGCCAAAGGCACGCUGUACCGAGUCAACAGCAUGAUCAACCUGGGCACAUACGUGGUGUUCCGCAUCAACACGCUGGCCUGGAUGACCCGCUGGCUAGUGCUCAACAGGGACAAGGUGCCACUCCUGGCCUACACGCUGGGCAGCGUGGGUAUGGCCAUCAUGACGGCCAUGAACAUCGUCCUGUUUUAUCGGCUACUGAGGAGCGACUUUUUGAAGAGCAGCACCCGGGAGACCAAGAAAGAGAAAGAGAUGUAGAGAAGAGGGGAGGAAGGGGCAGAAGAAGGAUUGGAUUCAUAAACACACUCGUUACUGUACGUUAACUCCCUGAGGCUGAGAUUUGGUACCGUCUUGCUUGUGUGUUAUAUACUCAGAGAUGGGAGAUGGAGGGAUUUUUCUAUCUCUCAUACUGUAUAGGAACGUGCAUACAAGGUGUAAUCAAAUAACCUUACUUCAAUCACAGAUCACACACAGCCAUUAUGCUAAAAGCUACAUUUAGCUGUAGUUUCAACUGUAAGCUUUUGUGUGUGGUGUCGACAUUCUUAAGUGCCAUUAGUGCCUCACUAAUGGUCGAUGGAGGUUGUUCAUAUGAACAAUGUAAGGCCUUGUAAAAGACACCAAACGCCUUAUUGUCCCACACAGCGUUUGAGCUAAUAUGUAGCAUAUGGUAACAGGAGAUGCCCCCACCAACACUCAUGUCUAUUUCAACACAACACAUAUGAAAUAAGUAAAAAUCUUAAGUCAUUUCAUAAUAAUAACCCUUUUGUUUGCAUACUGUACAUUAUUAUAUUAUUAUUACAUACUAUACUGUUGAGGGUUCUUUCAAAUAAUGUUUAUUUACCAUGGAGAAAAAAAAUCAGUGGAAUCCAAACCCUCUUGUUUCCAUUUAGGACUUCAGAGGCAAAUAUACCCCCCCCCCCCCCCCCCACCCCCAAAUCUCCGCCUGCUACCUCAGAAAGCUUGUAACAAUUCUUUACCUCUCUCAAACACAAGCUUUGCUGUCAGUCUUUGGCAGGUUCUUUGUUAUUAGAGAAGAAAAAUAUACAAAAAAAUAUUUAAAGAUCACAUUUGUCUAUAGAGGAAGCAUAUCCUGCAAUCCAAUCCUGACUGAGGGAGAGAAUAGGGUUAUAGAGUGAUGAAUACAUACUGAUUUUCACAGAUCACAUUUUACUUUCAUGGCACAAUGCAAAGCAGCACAAUAUUUUGGUAGUUGAACAAUUGUUAAUAUGCCAAAUUGUCUUAAAACAUCUGGGAGAAAGCAUGACCUAAUCAGUGAUAAAUUAGCCGAUGCAAUGUAACCCUAAUCCUUACUGUCCACUGACAAGGUCGUUGUGUUGGUAGAUCCUGGAGGAACAAAACAAAAUCAAGUAGAUUCUGACUCAGAUGGCUUGCGGAUCAAUUACAAUAGCAAAAGAUGAGAGAGGGUUUGACCGCCACCUCCCAUCAGCCAUUGCCAGUGACAUCAGUGUCCAGCAGCAGUCAGUGAAUCUGGCAGACAAGCAGCUCAACUGGCUAGACUUGAAACCUGUAAAAUGAAAACAGAAGAAGCUCAGCAACAGUAGAUGGUGCUACAGUACAAACUGACCCAGAUUGUAUGUAUUCCUUUAGCGGCCGGUGAUGGUGUGUAGUCUGCAGUAGGAGCUCUCAGACAGGCAGAAGUUGUUAUUCUUCAUUUGAACAAUGGAGGACAGCACACUCCUCAACAUUGCCUCAGUGACCUCAACACAGACAAGAACACCAGAAAUGUCUUUAUCUCGCGACAUCUUUGCAGCCCUGUGCCUCCUGCUUUCAUUCUAGAUAAGAACAGGUGGAUGCAGAGAAAUUCUUGAGGUUGGUGUCAGAACAAACAGGUCUGAGAUCUGUGAAUACAGCAAACUGCUAUACACACAGCUGCUACAAGGCAGCCUGCUCUUACCAAUCACAUCAAAGCAUUACAGUCCUUAUAUGGCACGGAAAUAUUCGAUGCCAUUUAUGUUUUGUGUUGCUGCUUUUUGUGUGUAUCAUCAUCAUUAUUUGGGUGGUUUAAUUGUAUAUAUUGGUAAUUUAUUUGUGCUAAAAAAGAAGUUGUGGAUUUAAGAUAAAUGAACACAAUGCUCAGUGAAUUUCCCUGUGGUGAACACCAUUUGAUUAUAGUGAAGCUGAUAUGGUUGUGUACGUCAUGUUGUUGCAUGGCAUCGUGCCUCUUUGGGUCUUAGAUUUUUGGUUUGUUUGUUUAUUUCCCCAGCUAAUAUUUUCAUAACCCAGCGACUACAAGGGCGAGCUCAUAGUCAUCUCAGCAUGACAGUGUUCAUGUUCGAGCCCUAAAACCAGGCUGUCCAACCAUAUUACAAGCACAACCACAUAUUCAGUGAACAGACACAAACACGCUGUGCUUGGUUGGAUUUGGGGGGAAACGCUGGACAAAAAUUGUAAAUUUAGAAUCUUCUUGUAGCACUUAAAUAACGACACAGUCCACAAAUUUAACUGUUUGUCAACAUUAGCAUGAAGACGUCACUGCACUAAAGAUGCAGCACUGUUUGGGAGGAAGACUGUAAAAGUUUGCAUUAUUUGUGUUUCUGCUGAUUCUCGGUUGCCUUUUUAGAUCAAGAGUAACUCCAUUUCUGAAUUUUUAUUGUGAUUGUAAAUUUGCAUUAUUUGUUUUUGGGUUUUUUUUCCAAUUCAAAUUUUUGGGCAGCUUAACUUUGUGGUUGUAGUGAAGACAACUGGUGAAAAUUGAAGUUCCUUCUAACAAGCAAGCUUAUAUUUGUGAGUGUGUUGUAUCAGGCUGUAACGUGAUUGAAACCAUACCUGUGUGAUACCAGAUUUGUUCAUUAUAUUGCUGUGUGCUUUUAGGAAUUGUGAUCAAACAUAGCAGUCAAGUCGAGAUCUCUCUUCGUAUCAGUGCUGUAAGGACACUGAGGGACCUUUGGCCAACAGCUGCAGCUUACUGUCCUGCUUUUGGCUCUGCGGUUCCAGAGAAGGUGGCAGCAGUUCUGAUCUCACACUGCCUCAUAUUUCUCAUCAUACACUAUAAAUGUGGUGGUUCAUUGCAUUGAUUUUCAUCGAUUUUAAUAGCUCCAUUACUAGAGAAUAAGAAAACAACUAAUAGUAAUUUGUCACUUUAUCACAACCAACAAAUAUUUUCAUGUUCAUUUAUAGACUUCUUUUUUUUGUUCUGGUGAUUGGUAAUAUUUUGAUAUCUUGUAUAUGAAAUUCAUAACACUGAAGACUAUUGACACUGUGCAGCUUGUCAAGGACUUAAAUCCUUCAUUAAGGAAUGAAAAAAAACAUGGAAUACUGAAGCCACUGAGACCACCUGAGGUUGUGAAAGCAAAAUCAUCUGCUUUCUAAGAGCAUCAAACUCAUGUUUCACAGAUUUUUUCUUAACGCAUAAAUAUGACUUAAUUGCAUAAAUAUUUUUUCAUGUUUAGCCAGAGAUUGUUUUGUAAUUGAAACUCCAAUUUAUAUGUUUAUACAAUAACAUUUGUUUAACGUGAAAAUAAAGCUCAAAAG